AUGUCAAAAAAUUCCAGAGAUAAGGCUGCCGAUCAACUCAAAGAAUUUCGUGAAAACAACGAUCCUACUACUUUGACGACUAGUCAUGGUGCUCCUGCUGAAAGUAUCACUGAUUCCGUUACAGUGGGACCUCGUGGACCUAUUCUACUUCAGGAUAUUACUUUAAUUGAUCAUAUGGCUCAUUUCGAUCGUGAGCGUAUCCCAGAGAGAGUUGUUCACGCUAAAGGAGCAGGUGCAUUCGGCUACUUUGAGGUUACGCACGAUAUUACAAAAUAUUGUAAGGCGAAAGUAUUUGAAAAUGUCGGCAAACGUACACCUAUGGCUGUACGUUUUUCCACCGUAGGCGGCGAAUCAGGAAGUGCGGAUACUGCUAGAGAUCCUCGUGGGUUUGCCCUUAAAUUCUAUACGGAAGAGGGCAACUGGGAUUUAGUUGGUAAUAACACUCCAAUUUUCUUUAUAAGAGAUCCCAUCUUGUUUCCUAGUUUUAUUCACACCCAAAAAAGAAAUCCUGUAACCCAUCUGAAGGAUCCUGACAUGUUUUGGGAUUUUAUUAGCCUCCGACGAGAAACAACUCACCAGGUUUCCUUCUUGUUUACGGAUCGCGGCACUCCGGAUGGAUACAGACACAUGAAUGGAUACGGGAGUCAUACAUUCAAGCUAGUAAAUGCAGACAACGAAGCUGUUUACUGCAAGUUUCAUCUGAAGACUGAUCAAGGCAUUAGGAAUUUAACAGGAGAAAAAGCUCAAGAAAUUAGUGGAUUAGAUCCCGAUUAUGCAAUGAGAGAUUUAUAUAACGCAAUUGCCAGUGGAAACUCUCCGUCUUGGACCAUGUAUCUUCAAAUAAUGACUUUUGAGCAGGCUGAGAAGUGGCGCUUUAAUCCCUUUGAUGUGACGAAAAUUUGGCCUCAUAGUGAAUUUCCCUUGAUUCCUGUUGGAAAAAUGGUCUUGAACCGCAAUCCGAAAAAUUAUUUUGCCGAAGUGGAACAAAUAGCUUUUGCUCCGGCUAAUUUUGUUCCUGGAAUAGAACCAUCGCCUGAUAAAAUGCUGCAGGGACGUUUGUUUUCUUAUAAUGAUACUCAUCGACAUCGCCUUGGAACUAACUAUGCUCAGUUACCUGUUAAUUGUCCCUAUGCAACGAAAGUUGGUAAUUAUCAAAGAGAUGGUCCACAAACCUUCAAUGACAACCACAGUGGCGUUCCAAACUAUUAUCCUAAUAGUUUUAAUGGUCCUAUUGCAAAUGUUAAUAGAGCUACUCCACAUACGGUCCAAGUUAUCGGUGAUGUGAAACGCUAUAAUACAGCAGAUGAUGAUAAUUUUACACAAGUGACAGUAUUUUGGCGAAAAGUUCUUAAUGAGCAGGAGAGAACAGCAUUGGUUAAUAAUAUUGUGGGACAUUUAUGUAUGGCACAAUCGUUUUUACAGGAGCGGGCUAUCGAAAACUUCUCGAAAGUUGACCCUGAGUACGGUAGAAGAAUCAGAGAAGGAUUAAAUAGAAAAGAAGAGGGAGCAAAGCUCAUGUAG